AUGUCCGUUGCCAAAUCUGCUGCUACCAAGUUGGACUGGGCCUCUAUCAUUUCCACCCUCAAACUUACCGGUAAGACCGCCACCCAAUUGACUUCUUUCAAAAAGAGAAAUGACGAGGCCCGCAGAAAGCUGUUAGAACUACAGUCUCAGCCAACCACUGUUGACUUCAGCCAGUACCGUUCGGUCUUGAAGAACAGCGAGGUUGUCGACAAGAUCGAGUCCUUCUACAAGUCCUACAAGCCUGUGACUGUGGAUGUCAAGAAGCAGAUCUCCACCCUCGAGGCGUUCGAGUCGCAGGCCUUGGACAACGCUAAGGAAACCGAGAAGUUGGUUGCCCAAGAAUUGAAGGAUUUGAGUGACACCUUGAAGAACAUCGAGUCCGCUAGACCUUUCGACCAGCUGACGGUUGAGGAAUUGGCCAAGGCCAGACCCGACAUCGACGCUAAGGUCGAAGAAAUGGUCAAGAAGGGUAAAUGGGAAGUUCCAGGCUACAAGGAAAAGUUUGGCGACUUGACCGUGAUGUAA